AUGGCUUCCCCUCCAUCCUUGAACCUCUGGGUGGGGAUGGUGCUGGUGGUAAUGGUGGUCGUGGUGGAGCUCCCAGGAGCCCUGCAGAGGUGCAUCUUUGAUGAGCUUCAGGUUCAGGUCAGAGUGGUCAGAGCUGCAGACAGCCCACCCAAGGAGCUCAGGCUCAGAAGGUCAGAGGAGCAGAGGAGCAUCCUGGGAAAAUCUGGCUCACCUACUCCUACCUCACCACAGCCAAUGAGGAUCCGGACCUGGAUUCCGAGAGAGAGCGACAGCCUAUCAGAGGCUGAGAAAGGAAGGCUGGAGGCAGCGGUGGAAGAAGCUCCCAGUGUGUUGGCCUACGCUGUUCACUGCCAGACGGACUGUCACGGGCGACCUGUAGCUGGGGUGGUGGUCAUCUGCAGGGAAGGGCUGACAGGAGCCACAUACAGCCACCAGACUACAGUACAAUUAUAUUCUUCUGUUCUCCAGACUGUCAUUCAUGAAUUGUUCCAUGCACUUGGAUUUUCUAAGGAUCUCUUCAGCACCUGGAGACACUGUUACUCCUCCUCUCCCCAAGUGGGUGCUGAUUGUUCUCCUCGAGGCAAAGCGAGUCACUCUGACGGAUCCGGCCACAUGAGGAUUUACACCCCGUCCGUCAUUUCAGCCCUGCAGAAGCACCUGGUGUCCAGCGAUCCGGAGCUGGGAGGGCCACUGGAGAACCAGGACGCAGCUCCAGGCAGGGUGUCCUCACACUGGGAGUCCCGGGUCCUGCAGGGCUCCAUUAUGUCGGCAGUGCUCGGGGAUCCUAGCACAGUUCGGAUCGACCCAGUGACCUUAGCUGCAUUACAGGACACGGGGUGGUACACCGUCGACCUGAGCCGGGCUCAGAGUCUGGUCUGGGGAGACGGUGAAGGAGCCAUGUUUGGCUCCCUGUCAACCUGCCAAGAUAACUCCUCGUCCUUCUUCUGCACUGGAAGUGGACGUGGAUGUCAUUUUCUUCAUCUCCACAAGGGGGAGUGCCAGACUGACCAAUACCUGGAGGGCUGUCGAGUGUAUAAACCCCUGCAGAAUGGAAGUGAAUGCUGGAAAAAAGAAAGCAGCAGGUGGACAGCUGAAGAUGAGCUGAGCGGGGAGAGUUUUGGCUUUGACAGCAGAUGCUUUCUCUCCAGCCUCAGCACACAGAACCAGAGUCAGGUCAGCAGCUCUGUGGAGGGCCGGUGUUAUAGGCACAGGUGUACCGGACCGAACAGGUAUCAGAUCCAGGUGUUUGGCUCUGAGUGGGUGGACUGUCCAGCAGGGGGCAACAUUCAGAUUAAAGGAUACAAUGGUGCAGUUUUCUGCCCUGACAGGAGGUUAUGUCUGUACCCUGAUGUGACUCCUCCCUUAGAUGAUGUCAGGACACUUCCUGCAUGCAUCAGAUGUGAGGUUUCUACCUCAGCCCAUGAUGGGACCUGGUCUCCCCUCAAACCACCCACAGACCCACCUGUAUCCACAGCGCUGUGCUUCACUGCUGCUGCGUGUCUGCUGGCUGCACUGAUGGUGUCCUGCAGGAAAUGUCGCUCAUGUAUGUUCAGAACACGCAUGGUGGCCCCUGACCAGCAGGGUCAUCUGUAG